AGCUUGUGAUUCAAAGAUAUCCUAGAGAAGCUGGUGUGCAAAAUCUAGAGAGAAACUUAGCUGGCUUGGCUCGUGCAGCUGCUGUCAAAGUUGCUGAGCAAGAAUGUGCAGUUCCAGUCAGCAAAGAUGUAUACCCGAUGGCAGAAUGACUUCUUGAUACAAGACUUGCAGAUGGUGCUGAAGUUGAAAUGGAAGUCAUUCCAAUGGGUGUUAAUGGACAUGAAAUAUCAAAUGCUCUUAGGAGUACCCCAGCAUUGGUUGUAGAUGAGGCUAUGCUGGAAAAGAUACUGGGGCCUCCUAGGUUUGAUGACGGAGAAACUGCAGAACGUAUGGCAACUCCUGGAGUAUCAGUUGGGCUUGUCUGGACCUCCUUUGGUGGAGACGUCCAGUUCGUUGAGGCCACAUCAAUGGUGGGAAAGGGUGAUUUGCAUCUCACUGGCCAACUUGGUGAUGUUAUCAAAGAAUCUACUCAAAUAGCUCUAACAUGGGUAAUUUUUGUUCAUUUCUUCUUAUCUGACAUGGAUUGUUCGGUUCUUAUGAGUCAUAGAUGCCAGCAUGGUUUUAAAUGGCAACCCCAUUCCUCAUGCAUGCAUCCCUUGUUUCCAUGAUAGGUAACCUUUAGCUUGUGGUCUCAAUUUCAUGUUCAGUUUUGACCUCGUC